AUGAGUAAUCCAGCAGAAACCGUAAACUGGUUGUAUCAACAUGAAAACAUUGAGAAUGAUAUAUUAAAUAAAUUGAAAGAGCUACGCCAGCAGUAUCCUGAACAUUUUCGAAAACCGAUUCAUGUGUUAGCAACUGUUCAUGAUAAUAUGGAUGCUGAAUGGAAGCAACGGUUACAACAGGCAAAGGAACAGCGAAAUGGAGAAUAUUUUAUUAUCAUUCCUUAUAAAGUGUCUAAUAUUCAUUGGAUUGGAGUUUUAAUAAAAUUCAAGGCCGAUGGACAAGUUGAACGAGCUGAAUUUAUUGAUCCGUUUGGGACGUCUAAUUUAGACGUUAACAAGUUACAAAAGCAAUUUGCUGAUGUUUACCCAGGUAUCAUUUUACAAGCAAGAAACGUUCAAAAACAAGAUAAUAGAAAGAAAAAUGCAGAAUUAAUUAUUGGAAAUUUAUUAAAAGCAAUUGAAGAAUAUCAAUUGACAAAUAUCAAUGAUUCACAGGACAAAACAAUCGAAAACCCCGAAGGUAAUAAUGAAAAUAAUCAAUACUUAGUACAAACAUCGUCUAUGAAACUUCAGAAUCAAUCAAAAUCAUUAAUAGAAAUCCCCCAAGUAGAACAACAAAGUGGUAGUUGGAGCGAUGAGAAAUCUGUAAUAACAGAAGAAAGUCUAAGAAACAUGCAGAAGGAUUUUCGUUCAAUGCCAUCUUGUUCAGAAAAAUCCAUAAUUUGUUUAUUGUAUUAUCUUUCUUUAAAAUUAAUUAGUAAUCCAAUAGCUCUAGAUAAUAAUAUUGUACAAAAAGAAUUCGAAUAUUUGAAAGAACGAUUAAAGAUUGAAGAAUUAGAGUCUAAAGAAAUUCGAAAUUUACUUGAAGAGAUCUCUAUAAAUAUAAAGUACGAAAAUUGGAAACACAGUUUGAUUUCAAUGAAAAAAAUCUUCAAAAAAAUCAGUCCAUUGAAUAUACAUGAAUUAUUUCGACUUAUUAAGAAAGUCAACAAUACAGCACAUACAAUAAAAAAUAAGGAUAUUAUUUUUUUUCUCGGAGGAACUGGAUCAGGUAAAUCGACUACAAUUCAUUUUCUUGCAGGCUCAAAAAUGAUUGAAAAUAAAGUAGCAGGUUUAAAUCAUCUUUCACUUGUCGAAAUAAACAAUCCAGAUCUAAAAUAUAUAACAACUUCACCAUUUGCUAGAUCCGAAACUCGAUAUAUUACAUCUGUUAAAGUGAACUUUGAUGACGUAGGUGGAUUUACAAGCGAGAGUAUUAUCUUAUGUGAUAGUCCAGGAUUUGAAGAUACUAGCGGACCCGAAGUAGAUAUUGCCAAUGGAUUAGGUAUUGUUAAUGGUAUAAAAGGAUGUAAAAGUGUUAAACCAGUUGUGAUAAUAAGUUAUAAAAGCAUUGGAGAUAGAUUGCAAGGUCUGAAGGAUCUAAUGUAUGUACUAUCGGCAUUGAUUCCAGGAAUUCAAGAUCAGAUUGAAGCUUUCUCUUAUAUAUUUACAAAAUUUCCUGAAAAAGAACGAGAUACAAUUCAUGCAUUAAUAAAUGAUAUCAAUGAAAAUUUGAAAGAAGAAGAAAAAUCAGAUAGAAGUUUUACGAUUUUAUUGAAAGAUAUCCUAAAGAAAACACGAAAAUGUGCACGAGUCUUAGAUCCAAUUAAUGACAAGCCUGGAAAGAUCCUUGACGAGCUCGCAAAAUCUCCUGCUAUUCAUCAUCCGGAAGAAGUUUUUCAAUUUUCUAUCACAAAAAAAUCAAAAGCCAUUUUACGAGAACAAAUAACAAAACAUCAAUUGAAUAUUAGAUCUGCAACUGAGCGAUCAGAUUAUGAUUUUGUAAAGUAUAGACUUGAUCAAUUAAAACAUUUGAAUGAUCUAUUUAGUCAAGACUAUAUUGAACAAAUUUACAAUGAAUGUCUUCGAUAUAUAAGAAGACAUCUCUUCGAAGAGUAUGAAAAAGGUAUUUUAGCUAUGAAACGUUAUUUAAUGAAUCAGACAAGUUUGAAUGCCGAGGAUAUUCGACAAUAUCAAGCAUGCAUGUACCAUGCUAAAUUAGCAAAAGAAGUACGAGAAAAUCAUUUAGGAAUGGACGUCGUCGAUAGUACAGCAUUCAUUGAAAAUCUUAAGCAACAAUUAAAUAUGAUACUUAAAGAUUUAAAAGAAAAAGAUAUUGACGAUAUGUCAAUUAAAGUGAGUCUCGAUAAACUAAAGAUUGUUUCGAAUGUUUUUUCAGAUAUUGAUUCUAAGAAAUAUGAUGAUAUUUGUCAAUUUUUCAUUGAAAAACUUGAUUCUCUUGUUGAUUUAUUCAAAAUUUCAGUUUCAUCUAAUAAGUUUGAUCAAAGUGCUAUUCAUAUUACAAAAUUAUAUAGAGCAAUAACUGUCUUACAAGAUCAUUUAGAUCAAAAAGAGAUAAAAGUCAAAUAUAUGCAACUUAAAGAAUAUUUUCUGAAUUAUUUAAAUGACUCCGUAGGAAAAUUAAACCCUAUAUUUACUCAAAUGAAGUUAGAUAAAUAUGAUAUUGAUAGUCUAGAUAAAUGUGUAUGUAUGUUGGAAAAUGCAAAGAAUACAUUCGAUCUUCAUUCACACAUUUCCAAAGAAGAAAUUAAUAAAAUUUAUGAAAAUCUUUUAUUGAAUAUCUUGAUUUACUUUGAAAAAAUAGUAAAAAAAAUAAAUAUAGAACUCGAAAAUGAAAAUGCUUUUCAUUCAUUAGAACGAUUUCUCAUUGAAUUAGAUUCGAUUAGACAAAUUUCUACUAUAGAGUUAAAAACAACGAAAUCUUAUUCUAUUAUUUUGGAAAAAAUAAUUAGAUAUAUAUAUGAAGCUAGACGAGAUGUUGAGAAUUUAUUAAAAAUUCUAUUUCGACGAGAAGAAAAAGUUAAUUAUGAUAACCUUAGAAAAUCUUUGUUAAAUCUAAAACGUGUCGAAUGGAUAGAAAAAUAUCGAACUGGAAUAUAUUCAGAUGUAAUAAAUAAAGCUGAAGAACAAAUUAUUCAACACGUAAAACAACUGAAAGAUGCUGUUAUGGAAAUUAAAAUAGAUCUCGAGAAUCAUGAUCAAAUUGAACAUGUAUAUAAAUUAAUAUCACAAAUCAAUGCGAUAAAAUGUAUGGAGAAACUUGUUCCUGAUGUAAUUAGAGACAUAGAUGAAAUUAAUAGUUGGUUUAAAGGCGUCACAAAUAAUAUAUUUGUUAUUAUUAAAGAUACAUUUAAUAUAGAAAAAUGGAAAGAACAUAAAUAUCAAUCUUUAGAUUUUAAUAAACUUGAAAAAGGGCUUAAUUAUUUAGAUGCUUGUAAGAAAAUAUAUUUAUUAUUUAUGAGUAAUUGUAUAUGUGUUGUCAAUGAUUUGGAAGAAUUUAUAAGGUACUUUAGUAAUUAUGUUCAACAAGAAAUGAAAAGUUAUUUUAAAAGUAUAAUAUAUUAUCAAAACGAAAAUAAGAAAGAAAUAUUUGAGAAAGCUCAAAUAUUAUCAAGUCGUUUACAAGAAUUAUCUGAAAUUAAAACAAAAUAUUCUCGUGUUUUUUCUUGUUUUUCAAAUAAGAAAAUUAUUGAGCAAUGGCAAAACGAUUUAUGUCAUUAUUUAAUCGAACUAUCAGAUGAAAUGGAAAAAAUAACGAUCACAAAACAAAUUAAUAUUUUGAACAAUAAGCUAAUAAUCGUGAAAGCUCUAAGUACUUUAGAUAGAUUUUUGAAAGGCGAAAAAUUUAUUGAUAUUUACAAUAAAUAUCAAAAUAUAUUUUUCAUCGAAGUCAACGAUGCUCAUAAACAAAUAAUUGAUGCUAUUAGAAAUACUGAUUAUGAACGAGUUGCUUUUGAAAUUGUCACUUUACAUUCAUCAAAUGAAAUCGGAGAAUAUUUUUAUCAAAAAGCUAAACGAAUGAUUAAUAAUGGAUUAAAUGAUUUGAUGGAAGAAACCAAAACGCAAACGAUCAUGCUUGGAAAUAAUAUAGAAAUAAAAGGAAUAAAAUCUAUAGUAGAAAAUUUAAAACGAAUUUAUAGAGCACAAAAAUCUGUCUCAGAACAUCUUAAUGAACCAGCUGAAUUAGACAAAUGUGUCAUAGAUGUUAAAAAUUUUCUUGAAGAGCAAAUAAUACGCUUCCUAGAGGGUGUCAAAGCUCUCAUUAAUAUCAACGAUUUCUGUAAAGUAGAUGAAAAAUUAGAUUUAAUAACAGUUGUAUGUCAUUUAUUAGGAAAAUAUUGUACAGAAAAGGUUUUGAACUCUAUCAAAGAAGUGAAACAUAGUCAAUAUAUUGUUCUAUCAAAAGAUCUUGUUGAAAAGUAUUCAAAUAUGGAUAUUAGAGAUUAUUAUUUAAAUCCACCAACAGAUAUUUUUGCAAAAUUCGCACAAGUCAACCAUACAAAUCCAUUAUAUAAUGAGGCUUUAAUUAGAAUAAAAAAUAUCAUUGUAACUAAACUUAGAGAAGAAUUAAAACAAGCUAUAUUAGAAGAGCCUCCGAAUCUAGAAAACAAUCAUAUAAGAAGAUUUGAAUCGGCAGUUAAGUGCUUACCGGAAACGAUGAGAAUUGCUCUGGAAGUAGAAUUAAAACACUGUAAAGAUGAUAUUAAUCAAUUGAUUCAAGAUAAUAAUAAUAAAUUGAAUAUUAUUUUUCGAAGUGAAGAUUUAGAAAGUACCAAAACUAUGCUUGAAAAUUAUCAAAAUUUAAAAGGUAUGCAAUCUGUUGUUAACAAUAGACAAAAAAGAUUAAAUUUGUACAAGCUAUCUAUUAUGAAAAUACGUUAG